CAGUGAAUGGCAUAGAGAUGGCACUCAUGCAGAGACUCGCAAUGCAAACAAACUUUGAAAAGUGAAUGAAAUGUUUACAGUUAUAGACCAUUGAAUUGGUGACCACUUUAUCACUCAUCUAAUCAUCAAAUUACUAAUCAUUGUAUCCAUUGAUUACACGAACCAUAGAGUGGACGACAAUGUCCUCAAGAGUGGUGACUCUUGUGACGGGAAAUGAGAAUAAACUGAAAGAAAUCGUCAAAAUCUUGGGCAAAGCACUUCCAUUUGAGUUAGUUUGCAAAGACAUAGAUCUGCCUGAAUAUCAGGGAGAGGAACGGUAUAUAAUAUCCGCCAAAUGCAAGGCCGCCGCACAGCUCGUCAAUGGGCCCGUCAUUGUGGAGGACACGUGUCUGGGUUUCAAAGCUUUGGGAGGACUUCCCGGGCCUUACAUUAAAUGGUUUCUCCAAGAGUUGGGACCAAACGGAUUGCACCGUCUGUUGACGGGUUGGGAGGAUAAGAGUGCUGUUGCUGUUUGUAAUGUUGCCUAUUGUGAGGGCUCACACAAGUUGCAUGACAUCCAGGUAUUCAGGGGUGAAGUGGACGGCCGUAUAGUAGAGCCGAGAGGACCGACACAUUUCGGAUGGGAUCCCUGUUUCGAGCCCUUAGGAUAUACACAGACUUACGCGCAGAUGGAUAAAGAGCUUAAAAAUACUAUUUCUCAUCGAUUUCUAGCAUUUGAUAGUUUGAGACAAUAUUUUGAAAGCGAAUCAAAUGUUUUAGAAAAUUCAUAAUAAAGUCAAAUCAUGUUUAAUGAGUGAAUAAAUACAAGUGAAACCUUGAAAUAUCAAUUCGUUUAUUUAACAAUAGAUCAAUAAAUAUAUAUUUCGUAUAAAACAUAUA